AUGUCAAAGGCUGGUAUGAAAUACGGUGCCCCUGUGCAAUCUUUCAUCGACACAUCUUUUUUUCAGGAAUUGUCUCGACUCAAACUGGAUGUGCUGAAGUUGGAAUCCAAAGGACUGCCCUUAUUUUGUACUUUGGAGAAGUCUUUUACUUCGAAAUCAAGCAAGAGUGUACCUCUGUUCCUGAAUGAGCAGAGUUUUAGAGAAGAAUCUUUGGGAAUAGCUGGUGGAGUGCCAUUUAAGGGGUUCAUUUACAAUUACAACGUAUUUGAGGACUUCAAGACACUCGACAAGAAGAAGUUCAUUGACACGAUAGCAGAGGAGAAGUUUGUGGACGGUAAGAGUGACAUUAAUGACAGCGUUGGUUUUUACAUCAUAAGUUUUGCAGAUUUAAAGAAGUAUCGCUUUUACUAUUGGGUAUGCGUACCAUGCUUCCAAAAACAGUCCCUGGCGAUUGAACUACUCAACGAAGAGCCUUUGAUAUCGGCUACACCGUAUCAAUCAUGGUUCGAGGAGAAUACAGAUCAGUGGGUUUUGAUUAUCAAUGCUGCGGAUCAGUUGGUACAUUAUACUAAGGAAGAGGCCAAAACGUGUAGAGCGUUGGUUAUUAGGGAUACAAGUCGACUCGAUCGGAUCCCAAGCGCUAUUGCCAAGAACUUUCUUACAAUAUUCAAUCACGACAAUCCUCAAAAGUGUGAACUUGAUGUCUACUUUAUCAGACCCGAUAACUCGAGUUUUGCCUUAAAACUUUCACUCAGUUUAGCCGGUCAGGAUGAUCAUUUGCAAGUUAGCGGUUGGGAAAGGAACACUCAGAAUAAGCUCGGUCCUCGUGCAAUCGAUCUCAGCUCUCUGAUAGAUCCUCUGAAGAUAGCUGAUCAAUCCGUCGACCUGAAUCUCAAAUUGAUGAAAUGGAGAAUAGCUCCUCAGAUUGACCUCCAAAAGAUCAAGGAGACAAAAGUGUUAUUGCUAGGGGCAGGAACCCUAGGAUGUUAUGUGUCUCGUGCCUUAAUGGCGUGGGGCGUUCGGAAGAUAACUUUUGUGGAUAAUAGCACCGUAUCUUAUUCAAACCCAGUUAGACAACCGUUAUUUGAGUUCAGUGACGUGGGCAAACCCAAAGCGCAAGCUGCGGCUGCAGCAUUAAAAAAGGUGUUUCCUCUCAUGAAUGUAGAAGGUGUGGAGUUGAGCGUGCCGAUGAUUGGUCAUCCGAUUACCAGCGAUGAAAUUGAGCGGUCUGAUUAUGACCGGCUGUGUAACCUAUUUGACCAGCACGACGUGGUAUUCCUACUGAUGGACUCAAGAGAGACUCGCUGGCUGCCAACCGUCCUGGGGAAAUUUAAAAAUAAGGUAGUGAUCAAUGCUGCCCUUGGCUUCGACAGCUAUUUGGUCAUGAGACAUGGAUCAUAUUUUGAUGAACCAAGUUCACGUCUAGGCUGCUACUUCUGCCACGACGUCUUUGCACCAAAGGACAGCCUAACAGACAGAACGCUGGAUGAAAUGUGUACCGUUACUCGACCAGGAGUUGCACUCAUGGCCGCGUCCCAAGCGGUCGAAUUACUCGUAUCAAUGCUACAACCGAAGGACCCGCAAGACUCAACUAGAAACAUACUAGGUGAUAUUCCACACCAAAUUCGCGGGUUCCUCAACAAUUUCUCCACCUUAAAGCUCGAAACACCAGCUUAUGCCCAUUGUUCUGCCUGUUGUCCCGAAGUGAUCGGUUCUUGCAAAGAAUUCGGCUGGGACUUUGUACAAGCAGCCCUGAAUGAUCACACUUACAUUGAACAAAUUAGCGGACUCGCACAAGUGCAACAGGAUGCCGAGAGAGCAACUCAGGAGUGGGAUCAGGAUGAUGAAGAGUUUAGCGAUGAGUUAUAUGAUAUGGACUAA